CACGGUUUUGCGGCGUCUCCCCGCUGCCCCUCCGGCCGCACCGCCGCCGCGCUCCCCGCGCUCGCUCCGUCCUUCCUUCUCGCGUCGUUCUUUCGUUCCCUCCUUCUCUUUCCUCGUUUCGGUUUUCUUUUUUUGUUUCUCUUUCCGUUUUCCUUUCUUUCUUUCUCUUUCUGUUCUUCCGUUUUUGUUUGGGGUUUUUUUUCUCUCUGUCUGCCCGAUGUCCGUUUUCGUUUGUCCGCUUUCCUGCCUUCGUUCUCUCUUUCCGUUUUUUUUUUCCCUUCGCUCUUCUUUCUCUUUCUGUCUUUCCAUCGUUAGUUCUUUUCCUUUCGUUCUUUCUUUCCACCUUCCCUUCGUUCUGUAUUGUUCUUUCUGCGUUUCUGCGUUUCUUUCCACUUCCGAGAUUCCACUUUUCUAUCUUUUCCUGGGUUGAUUUCCUAUGAUUUCCCCCAGUCAACUUUCUCCUCGGAAUUCCCACCGCUCCGUUCUCUCCUGUCGCGGCUCUUUUAUUUCUUUCCCCGUUCCCGCCCGUAUUUCUCUCUUUCUUUCAAUUUUGCUUAAAAACAAAAACAAAAACAAAAACAAAAAACAAAAACGAAACAACCAGAAACCCCAACCCCAAAAAGAACAAAGCCCCGCAGCCCGCAGCCUCCCCCCGCCGCCCGCUGACGCCGCGGGUCCCGCAGGACGGCCGGGGCUGGCGCUGUGCGCGGGCUGCGGGGGCCGCAUCCAGGACCCGUUUCUGCUGCGGGUGUCUCCGGACCUGGAGUGGCACGUCGCCUGCCUCAAGUGCGCCGAGUGCGGGCAGCCGCUGGACGAGACCUGCACGUGCUUCCUGCGGGACGGCAAGGCCUACUGCAAGCGGGACUACGGCAGGCUCUUCGGCAUCAAGUGUGCGCAGUGCCGGGCGGCCUUCAGCAGCAGCGACCUGGUGAUGCGCGCCCGCGACCACGUCUACCACCUGGAGUGCUUCCGUUGCGCCGCCUGCGGCCGCCAGCUGCUGCCCGGGGAUCAGUUCUGCCUCCGGGAGCGCGACCUGCUCUGCCGCGCCGACCACGGGCCGCCCACCGACGGCACCGCCGCCCGCGGACCCCGCAGCCCCGCGCCGCCGCCCGCGCACCUCGCAGAGCCGGUGCCCGGACGGCCGCCCGGCCCGCGGCCGCAGUCGCACAAAGCGGCCGAGAAGACCACCCGCGUGAGGACGGUGCUGAACGAGAAGCAGCUGCACACGCUGCGGACCUGCUACGCCGCCAACCCAAGACCCGACGCCCUGAUGAAGGAGCAGCUGGUGGAGAUGACGGGGCUCAGCCCGCGUGUCAUCCGCGUCUGGUUCCAGAACAAGCGCUGCAAGGACAAGAAGAAGUCCAUCCUCAUGAAGCAGCUCCAGCAGCAGCAGCACAGCGACAAGACGAGCCUGCAGGGCCUCACCGGGACGCCGCUGGUGGCCGGCAGCCCCGUCCGGCACGAGAGCGCCGUGCAGGGCAGCGCGGUGGAGGUGCAGACCUACCAGCCGCCCUGGAAGGCGCUCAGCGACUUCGCGCUGCAGAGCGACCUGGAGCCGCCCGCCGCCUUCCAGCAGCUGGUCUCGUUCUCCGAGUCCGGCUCUUUGGGCACGUCCUCCGGCAGCGACGUGACCUCGCUCUCCUCCCAGCUCCCCGACACUCCCAACAGCAUGGUGCCCAGCCCGGCCGAGACGUGAGGCCGCCCGGUUCCCGCCGCCGCGGGACCUCCGCAUGCCGCGCUCCCUGCAUGAGACACCCGGCCCCGCGCCGCGCCCAGCGCGCCGGACGAGCGCCUUUGUCUUUUAAUUAUCCCUAUUUAAAACCAAACCGAACGUACCUUGCCGACGGCCGAAAAGAGCCGGGAUUCUCGCUGCCUUUACCGGACCGGAGAGAGAAAGAGAGAGGAGAGCCCCCGCCCCGCUUAUUUCGUUGCGCGGAGGUUCGGCGCUGCGUAUUUCGAUGUUUCUUUUCCCCGAUGAAAGCGGAUUGCCCGGCGCGGCGCCGGCUCUUCUUCCUCGCCUGGAACAGAAACGAAAACUCGAAUCACAGCGAAUGGGGAACGGAGCCCCGCGGCCGUCGGGGCCGCCUCACGCCGGUGCCUCCCGCAGCGCCGGAGCGCGGAGACGGGGCGGUGCGACGGCACAGCGCUGCCGGCGUUGUUAGCGACCGACGGAGGACGGAUUGUUUGAGCCUUUAAACGAACAAAAGUAAGUUAUUGCUAUUUAUUGUCAGAGUCAGCGGUUGAAUAGUGGGAUUAAAUAUUUUGGACUUAAUAAAAACAAACGAACAAAAAGGAAAAAAAAAAAAAAAAAACCAAAAAAAAGGAAAACGAAAACGUUGCAACGAAACGGAGCUCCGGGCGGGGCGGGCUCAGCCCGCGGCGCGGCUCUGCGGCAUCGCCACCCGCACCGCUAAUCGGCUCCGACCGCCGCCCGUUUAUUUAUAGCCGGGAGGCGGAGCGCGGCUUUCCCUUUCGGGCAGCGCCCGGGGCCGGCCCGCACCUGCCGCGAUGCGGGGCUUUGCCGCGGGGCUCCCCUUCGCACACAGACGUUCCGUUCUCCCCGGUAGCGGCUCCUCGCCUUCCUUCCUCCGCCCGCGCUCCCGUUCCGGCUCCCCGCCUCUCCCUCCCCUUUCUCAGCCUGGCCGGCCCUCCGCGGCCCCGACCUUUCGCGUUCCCGGAGCCGCCGCGGUGUCGUGGGGCGGUGAGGGAGCUCCGGCCGCGCGGGGACAGCCGCGGGUCGAGCGCUGCGGGGCCGUCGGGCUCACGGGGCGGCCCGGGUUGCGAGGGGAAGAGAGGGGCUGCGGAAGGGCCGCCGGCCCGGGGCGGGUGGGAGGGAU